CUGUCAGGAGGAUGGAACCGCAAGGUCGAAUCAGCGACACGUCCUUCGCCAUUAUCGAACCAAGGCCUGAAACGCCGGAGGAAUCGGAGAAGUGCAAGAUCUUGGAAGAAACUGGGGUGAUGCCUGACCAAAGUAUCUUCAUGUGAGUAGCCCCCCGAUGGAUGUUGGCUUCGCCAUCUCACAGUUAUUCCUCUUUAUUCCCAGGGGAAGGAAGGCCAAAGAGCGAAAAUCGCCCUACAAAGACAUAGACCGACCUGCGCCACCACUUGGCAUCCUUCCCGGAGAAGGAGAAGAGGAGCGAUUGGAGGAAGAACUGCCGCCGCCGACCUGGGGCUCCAACCUGAUCGAGGUGAGGGAACCGCUGGAUCUGGAAGGCCCCGAGACUCCACCGAGAGAGGCCGUUUCGGCGGCUGAGGUCGCUGAAGGCGUCAGCGAGAGGUCGAUCCCGCACGAACUGGACGCCGAAGACCCGGAGAUUGUGAAACUGCUGGAGACGUCCUUCAACAUGGAAGACAUCCUGGCCGAGGUGGACGCGAUGGAGGUGGAAGAACCGCGGGUGCAACCCGACGAGGUCGAUCCCCACAUACUCGAGGAACAGCAGAAGUUCAGGGACAUCGAGGCCGAUCUGGACAGGCACGACGCCGUCAUAGCGGAGGCGCUGGCCGCCCUGGACGACGACGAGAAGAGGAUGCUCAUGGAGAUGGAGGCGGAGGAGGCUGCCGGCCUGGAGCCGCACCCGAAACCCUCGCCGAAGAAAGAGGUCAAAGUGGUGGCCGACGAUGAUACUGUUAUAAAAGUAUUGGUAGAAAAACCAGAAGGAGUUGCCGAGUCUAAAGAGGAGAAAAAACGGAAGGAGGCUAAGGCAGCAGCAGAAAAGAAGAGGAAGCCACCGGGUAGGACAGGAUUGAACAAAGGUAAGGCCAAAGGUGCGAUACUUAAAGCGGGCGAGAAGAAGGAAGUGGAAGAACAGGAGAAAAAGGCCAAAGUGGUGGAGACGAAGACUGGAAUACCUUCCAAGAGACCGGGAGUUCCCAAGCCUAAAGCUUCGAAAGUAAAAAUAUCAGCCGCUGCCAGCGAAGGUGAAAUACCAUCGGAAAAACCAAGCGUGACUGGCAAGGGCAAAGCCAUACCUGGAAAAGGAAUCCCGCGGAAAGGGAUUCCUAGAAAAGGUAAGUCGAAGGUUCCAGCUGUGAUACCAUUCAAGAUCAGUUGA